UGGCUGUGUUGUGUUUUGGCUAUUUUAGAUUGCUGUGUUGCUGAGUCGUGAUCGUGCACCAUAGACUAGCUCUCAUUACAAUGGCAUCUUUGUCAUGGUGGAAUCCCGCUCCUGCAAUGGCAGCUUGUUCUCCAUCUCCAACGUCCUGUAAAACCUCCAACUCAUUAGCACUGCCGCGCUCUGUGUUUGUCAGCAAGCAAGAAGAGUUAAUGAAACAAGCCAAGGGACUUUUGGUUAAAACACAGCAACAGUCGAAGAAGAAGAACAAUUCCACCAAUUCCAGACGUACUACCAGCAUUCAAUGUCUCUCGCAGGAACAAAAAUGGACUCAUGAAGGUUCCAUUACCGAGUCUCUCCCCAAUGGCAUGUUUAGGGUCAAAUUGGAUAACGCAGAUGUGGUACUGGGAUACAUUUCUGGGAAGAUACGAAAGAAUUUCAUACGGUUGUUGCCUGGAGACAGAGUCAAAAUCGAAGUAAGUCGUUAUGAUUCCAGUAAAGGACGCAUCAUUUAUAGACUCCGUGGUGGUCGAGAAGGGUAGGAGUCUCAGUGGUGGUGUAAGGCUAUUUUGUAAGCGAACGGUGACCGUCUUUGCUAAUGAACCACCAUUCACAUGUUCCUAUCCUUGCUUAUGAGAAGAGAACCUAGAAUGUAUAUUCUUAUACUUGGAAUAUUCAUAGGCAUUUUACCUUUUGCUCUUUAACAUUUAUGUUGUGAUAGUAAACCAAGACUGGAAAAAGCAAAACUUGUGCAUCUUUUUGGCAAUUUUCUUGAUUGUUUUAUUCCAAUUUGAAUUUAUCUG